AUGGUCGUCCGCGACUUCAUCUCCGAGGCGGAGCGGCUUGCGCUCCUCAAGAAGGCCAACACGCACCUGCAGCGAGGCGAGCUGCAUCCAAACGCGUGCGGUCCCUGCCGCUACUACGCCAAGGCCGACGACGCGCCCGCACUCUACGUCGACGCGCUCCUCAAGGCGCUCACGCGCCGGGCUGAGCGUUGCCUCUGGCUUGAAGGCGUGCCUCCUGACCAGAUCCUUGGCCGCGUCAUCUCUCUCAUCCAGCCGGGAGGCUUCAUCCACCGGCACACCGACGCGUACGACCAUGGCGUGCCGGGCAGCCGGCCGGAGCGACACCACCUCCGCUGCAAUAUUGUCGUGUCGCUGCAGCACCCCUCCGGCCGGCCCGUCAUUGAGGGGGAGGCGCUCGAGGUGGGCGAGCGCGACAUGUGGGUCUUCACCGCGUCGAGGCACAUGCACCAAACGGCGCCGCUGCAGGGCGGAGACGCGCGCGUGGUCUACGGCUUCGGCUGGAGCGUGCCGAGCGACCACGCGCUGCGGCAGCCGCCCGAGCGCGCCGUGUGGGCCGAAGACUAG